AUGCUCCGGGUUUUGGCCGUGGCCAGUGCGGCCCUAGGGCCCCGAGCAGCAGGACAGGUGCGGACCAUGGCCUCCUACCAGCUGCUGGUGCCACCCCCGGAGGUCCUUCGGAAGCCUCUGUCGGUCCCCAAGCGGCUCCUGCUGGGGCCAGGCCCCUCUAACCUGGCCCCACGUGUCGUGGCCGCCGGGAGCCUGCAGAUGAUUGGCCACAUGCAUAAGGAGAUGUUCCAGAUCAUGGAUGACAUUAAGGAGGGCAUCAAGUACGUUUUCCAGACCAAAAAUCCGCUCACGCUGGCCAUCAGUGGAUCAGGACACAGCGCCCUGGAGGCUGCCCUGAUCAACGUCCUGGAGCCCGGGGACUCCUUCCUGGUGGGGACCAACGGCAUAUGGGGGCUCCGGGCUGCAGACAUUGGGGAGCGCAUUGGAGCCCGCGUGCACCCCAUGAACAAGGACCCUGGAGGCUACUACACACUGCAGGAAGUGGAGGAGGGCCUGGCCCAGCACAAGCCAACACUGCUGUUCCUGACACAUGGGGAGUCGUCCAGCGGGGUGCUGCAGCCCCUGGAUGGUUAUGGGGAGCUCUGCCACCGGUACAAUUGUCUGCUCCUUGUGGACUCUGUUGCCUCCCUGGGCGGGACACCCAUCUACAUGGAUCAGCAAGAGAUCGACAUUCUGUACACUGGCUCCCAGAAGGUGCUGAACUCGCCCCCGGGGACCUCACUCAUCUCCUUCAGCGACAAGGCCAGAAAUAAGAUCUACUCUCGGAAGACGAAACCCUGCUCCUUCUAUCUGGACAUGAAGUGGUUAGCCAAAUUCUGGGACUGUGGAGAUAAGCCUAGAAGCUACCAUCACACGACCCCGGUCAUCAGUUUGUUCAGCCUGCGGGAGAGCCUGGCUAUCAUAGCGGAGGAGGGCCUGGAGAACAGCUGGAAGAAACACCAGGAAGCCACCACCUACCUGCAAGGACGCCUACAGGAGUUGGGUCUGCAGCUCUUUGUCAAGGACCCGGCGCUCCGACUGCCUACGGUCACCACAGUGGCCAUCCCUGCUGGCUAUGACUGGAAGGACAUCGUCAGCUACCUCAUGGACCAUUUCAACAUCGAGAUCACAGGUGGCCUCGGGCCCUCAGUAGGGAAGGUGCUACGUAUAGGGCUUCUGGGCUGCAACGCCACCCGGGAGAACGUGGACCUUGUGGUGAACGCCCUGAAGGAGGCUCUGCAGCGCUGCCCUCGGAACAAGCUGUGA